GAUGGGACCAGCAGCCAGAUAUCCAUGCAUGCCUGACCGCUAGUUCACUUCCUGGAUGGAAGAAUGGGACAUUUCCAGCUCCACUUUUCGUCGUAUUGUGCAUUGCCCUUCGUCACGCUGACGCCGCGGAUAAUCACUUAAUAAUGAUCACGUGUAAUCGAUAUUAUUCGACCACUUUUUUCUGUAGUUUAAGACAGCGAUCGAUCGCCGAUUGACCCCUCCACACUACGGGAAUGUCGCUAUCUGUAAUCCCGCUACAGGCACGGUGGAGUCCGACACAUUUUGAACUGUUUAUGCACGGGCGUAGUGUGCUUUCCGUUGUGUUCCUCGAAGCUAAAAACAGCAUCUGCUCGAACUGGAGGCGAAUAAAUUUGUCUUUUUAAAGAAAGCAGUGAUUGCAGACGAAGCGCUAACAAUUACUUUGAUGCUCUGCCUUCGUGGCUGCUGUGCCAACUUCGUUUCUGCUUUGGCUGUGUGUGUGUGAUUUUUUUCUUUUCUUGAAGAACAGAAAAAACUCAAAAACUUUGUCACCCGUUGCCUUCUUGUUGCUCUCGAUGAGUAGUCUAACAUGCGGAGAAUACGGGAACCAAGUUACUGGUGGAUUUUAUCCUUAAUGCUUUUAACCUUGCCCAAACACAAAGACUGUCAUCCUGUUGAAUCUGGUGGCCAACCUCACCUUGCUGGAGACGAGCACCAUGGGAGCACGGGCAUAAUGAGGGAGAGGAGGGCAGCAGGUGACCCCUACUGGUCCUAUUCAGGAAACCAUGGACCUCGAGGAUGGGCAGCCGCAUACCCAGAAUGUUCUGCGAAGAACCAAUCACCUGUGGACAUUACAGAUGAGCGAGCUUUGGUUUCGGAGGAGUACCAGGAGCUGGUGUUUGACAAGUUCAACACUGAGUCCUCCAACCAGACCACCAUGAAAAACACUGGAAAGACAGUUGCUGUUCUCCUGAAGGAUGACUACUUCGUAAGAGGUGCUGGACUGCCAGGGCGUUUUAAGGCUGAGAAGAUUGAGUUUCACUGGGGCCAUAGUAAUGGAUCAGCAGGCUCAGAACACAGCAUCAAUGGCAGAAGGUUUCCUGUAGAGAUGCAGAUUUACCUUUACAAUUCGGAUGACUUUGACAGCCUCAGCGCUGCCAUCAAGGAAAGACGCAUCAUUGCUGCCAUGUCCGUCUUCUUUGAGCUGGGGCAAAAAGACAAUCCAGCUGUAGAACCCAUCAUCCAGGGAUUGAAAGGAGUAGUGCAUCACGAAAAGGAAACAAACCUCAGGUCGUUCAUCCUGAGGGAUCUGCUGCCGUCGUCCGUGGACAAUUACUACCGAUACACCGGCUCUCUGACCACCCCGCCCUGCAUCAAGGUGGUGGAGUGGAUCAUCUUCUCCAGGCCUGUGUAUCUGUCCCACUCACAGCUGGAGGCCUUUUACUCCAUCUUUACAACAGAGCAACAGGACCACGUCAAGUCUGUCGAGUACCUGAGGAACAACUUCCGGCCCCUGCAGGGCCUGGAUGAUAGGAAAGUCUUUAAGUCGGCUGUAAAGGACGCAUGGCAGAGAGAUUUAACUGAUGUCCUGAGUAGUCCUCACAGCACUGAGGCUUCAAGAGUGUGCAGCAGUGCCCCGGUGAACAUGAAGAUCCAGCCGCUCAACCAGACUGCGCUGAUGGUGACCUGGGCGCGCCCUCUGACCCUCUACCACCCCCCCAUCACCAGUUACAUGGUCUCCUACAGCUGGGUGAAACGUGAAGUUGCUAACGAAAUGACCUUCACCAACACUGGGGACCAGAGUAUGAGAGCCAUCAUCACUAAUGUGUCCCCUGAGGUGCUGUACCUGUUCAGAGUGCAGGCAGUGUGUCAGCAUGACCUGCGCAGUGAUUUCAGCCAAACAUUGCUGUUCAGAGCUAAUACAACAAGAAUAUUUGAAGGGUCUCGGAUUGUGAAGACUGGCAUGCCCACGAUUUCUCCAGCGUCCUCAGCAGACAUGGCUCCCAUCAGCUCUGGUUCAUCCACUUGGACGUCCUCUGGCAUCCACUUUUCCAUUGUCUCCAUGGCAACGGGGAUGGGCCCCUCCUCUAGUGGCAGCCAGGCCACGGUGGCAUCGGUGGUGACGAGCACCUUGCUGGCAGGCUUGGGCGUAGGCGGAGGGGUCAUCUCUUCUUUGCCCAGCUCUGUUUGGCCCACACAGACGCCCCCGGCAACGCAGAAUCCCACUCGUCCUUCCACCCCGCCUGCCAAGUCGAGCACCGAGCAGGCGGCGGCCCCGGGCCCUGAUAAAGACACCCAGUCUGAGGAGAAGCAGGCUGCAAGUGAGGGCGAGGAGGAGGAGGAGGGGGAGAGAGAAGGAGAGCAAGAUGAAGAAGAAGAUGAGAAGAAGAAGAAGAACAAGCCUGCACCUGAUAAUGAGAAGAAGCAGGCGAACAGCACUGUGGCCAAAGAGCCUUUAAUCCCCACCCCCGCAUCCACAGCCAAAGAGAAAGGAGAAGGGAAGCCUACAGUCAAAGGCACUGCAGCGCCCGUGUGCACCGGUGGCGAUGAGCUGGUCAACGUAGAGACAAAUCUCACUGAUGUAAAUGCAGCCCCCACUCAGGAGCCUCGUAAUGACACUGCAGAGAUGCAGAUUCCACAGAGCUCCACACUGUCCCCAAAAAUCAGUAGUGAUGGUAGGAGUAUCUGGCCUUUCUCCGUACACACUGACACAACCAUGUUGUCCAAUGUGACCCGGGUCCCUCACCCAGGGAUGGGGAGGAUGGUGUGGAUUGUCCCCUUGGUGGUGGUGUCCGCUCUCACACUGCUCUGCCUCAUAAUGCUGCUGAUCGUGAUGAUCUACUGGAGGAGAUUUUUCCAGACAGCUCACUUCUAUGUGGAGGAGAGCAGCUCUCCACGGGUGGUGGCCAAUGAGAAUAUACCAAUCAUCCCUAUACCAGAUGACAUGGAGGCCAUCCCCGUUAAGCUGUUUAUUAAACACAUCAUGGAGCUCUACAAGAACAACCUGCAAGGUUUUUCUGAGGAGUUUGAGGAGGUCCAGCGCUCCACGGCAGACCUGAAAAUCACAUCAGAACACUCCAAUCAUCCUGACAACAAGCACAAGAACAGAUACAUCAACAUUGUGGCCUACGACCACAACAGGGUGAAAUUACGAGCUCUGGCGGGGAAAGAUGCCAAACAUUCGGAUUACAUCAAUGCCAACUACGUGGAUGGCUACAACCGGCCGAGAGCUUAUAUAGCUGCCCAGGGUCCUCUCAAGUCUACCUUCGAGGACUUUUGGAGAAUGGUGUGGGAGCAGAACACAGGAAUCAUCAUAAUGAUCACCAACUUGGUGGAGAAAGGACGAAGAAAAUGUGACCAGUAUUGGCCGACAGAGAACAGCGAGCAGUAUGGGAAUAUUGUAGUGACGCUGAAAAGCACCAAAGUACACGCCUGCUACACACUGCGGCGUUUCCUUAUAAGGAAUACUAAAGUAAAAAAGGGUCAAAAGGGGAACCCAAAGGGGAAGCUAAAUGAACGCAUCAUUGUGCAGUUUCACUACACUCAGUGGCCUGACAUGGGAGUACCGGAGUACACCCUCCCUGUCCUCACCUUCAUCAACCGCUCGUCAGCAGCUCGCACUGCAGACAUGGGCCCGGUCCUGGUGCACUGCAGUGCAGGGGUUGGGCGCACAGGAACGUACAUUGUCAUUGACAGCAUGCUACAACAGAUGAAGGACAAAAGCACAGUCAGCGUCCUGGAUUUUCUCAAACAUAUCCGCACACAACGUAACUACCUAGUUCAGACUGAGGAGCAGUAUGUUUUCAUCCACGACGCUCUGAUGGAGCUCAUUAUGAGCAGAGACACAGAGGUGCCUGCCUGGCAGCUGCACAGUUACGUCAAUAGCAUCCUCACCCCCAACUCGGCAGGCCGCACCAUGCUGGAGAAGCAGUUUAGGCUGUUGACUCAGUGCAACGCGCGCUUUGUGGAGUGCUUCAGUGCCCACAAAGAUUGCAACAAGGAGAAGAACCGCAACUCCUCAGUGGUUCCCUCGGAGCGAGCAAGGGUCGGACUCGCCACUCUGCCUGGAAUGAAAGGAACAGAUUACAUUAAUGCAUCCUACGUAAUGGGUUACUUCAGGAGUAAUGAGUUCAUCGUUACCCAGCAUCCCUUGCCCCACACCACCACAGACUUCUGGAGGAUGAUUUGGGACCACAACGCUCAAAUAAUUGUCAUGUUGCCUGACAACCAUGGCCUGGCUGAGGAUGAAUUUGUUUAUUGGCCGAGUCGGGAGGAGUCCAUGAACUGCAUCGCCUUCACUGUCACACUCAUCAGUAAGGACAGACUGUGCCUCUCCAACGAGGAGCAGAUCAUCAUCCAUGACUUCAUCCUGGAGGCCACUCAGGAUGACUACGUUCUGGAGGUGAGACACUUUCAGUGCCCUAAAUGGCCCAACCCUGAUGCUCCUCUCAGCAGCACCUUCGAGCUCAUCAAUGUCAUCAAGGAGGAGGCCAUGACUAGAGAUGGCCCUACCAUCGUGCACGAUGAGUAUGGAGCCGUGUCAGCGGGCAUGCUCUGCGCCCUCACCACACUGUCCCAACAGCUGGAGAACGAGGGCGUCGUCGACAUCUAUCAGGUGGCGAAGAUGAUCAACAUCAUGAGACCAGGCGUCUUCACAGAUAUAGAGCAGUACGAGUACCUUUACAAAGCCAUGCUCAGCCUGGUGGGUAACAGAGAGGACGGCCUGAGCCCCAUGCACAUGGACACUAAUGGGGUGGUGGUGAUCGCAGACGAGUCGGACCCCGCGGAGAGCAUGGAGUCGCUCGUCUGAGGACGUCCUCACAGGCACUUAAUUUGUAAAAACUCGAGAACUUUUCGGAGGCCUUUUUUGCCAGACUAUUGAUUAAAUGAAUAAUCUUAUUACUUUUUAUACUGAUAAAAGUCUUUUGAUAUUUAUGUUUUCGUCCUUUUUUUCUUGUCUUAAAUGUUAUCCUGCUGAGCGUUUGCACCUGUUUAAGUUGACGUGAGGGAAAAGCAGCUCUGUCCAGUUUGCACUAUACUAUCAGUGUUACUGCCUAAAUCAAGUGAAUGAAGACGUUUAACAGUUAAAUCCUGGCAUCAUCACAUGACCAGGAUCUUUGGAUCACAUAAGACAAACCUGAAGCGUGAAGGCCAGGAUGAAUUAAUGCGAUCUGCUUCUAAAAAUGUCUCCAAACAAAACAUUACAACACAAAGUAGCCCAGCACGCAUUAUGUCACUUUGUCACCUCGAACCGUUUUGAGGCUCCGCUCCAUCUGGUUGAAACUCUUUAUCACAUAUUAAGAGACUAUUACCUGCUUAAUAUUCAUAUAUUGUCCAAGUAUCUCACUGCUGUCUUGUAUAAUGUACUUACGGCUUAUUUUGUUAAAUUGUGUUACAACAUCUAAUGUGAACAUGUAUUGCUUUUUACAGGGAUUUAUAUUGUUAUAUUGUUUUGUAAUAUAUAUAUAUAUAUAUAUAUUAUAUCCUUAAUAGCCAACCAAUGUUUUUCUUUUUUUUAGUGCUUUUGCCUAUUUGUUGACUGGCCUUGAUGUAGAUUCAUGUUUUUAUGAGACUGCCAUGAAUAAUCUACAAAGCUCAAUUUUUUUCAUCAUUUUUCACAGCUUCUUUACCCACAACUGUCAAAACUCAACAGUUAACACAUGUAAUGGGUAUCUGUAUUGAAACAGUACAAGGUCUACAAGAAGUAUUCACCCCACACGAACUUCCAUGUUUUAUUGUUUUACAACAUCAAAUCACAGUGGAUGAAAAUCAGUAGACAAAACUAUGUCAAGUGAAAACAAAAGUCAACACAUGUUUGAUCUUAUUUCAUUGCAAAAAGAGUAUGUGGAUAGCUUUGGACAUCUUGACACGUUUGCAGCUUAUCACGUUGCCCUGUCAAACUCCAUUUUACAAAGCGAUAGCAACAUUUCUAAUCCUGCCACUGAUCCUGGACUGAAUUGAGGUUCUGACCUGGCCACUGACAGACUUUAACAGGUUCUUAAGAGACGACAUUGCUGUUUAGCUGUGGCUUCAUAUUUGCUGUCCUUGGUUUGAUGAAAAAAUUAAUUCUGCAGUUUCCCACGUAAAGAACCAGAGUUUCCUCCAGGACUUCUUUAUAUUUUACUGCAUCAAUAUUACCGUCUACUUCUUCUUAAGCCUUGAAGGGGCCUGUUGCAGAGAAGUAUCCUUAACAGGCCUCCUGAUGAGGACGGUAUGUUUUAGCCGAUGUGUUUGGCUCACAAAAAGGCUCGCUAAUGAUCUUGCCCUUCAUUUCACCACAAUUAAUUUUUAAGAGCUGGGCCAUACUGCUUUUUAAUUUUCUAUAAUUGUAUGUGGAAUCUCCAGUGCCUUGGAAUUGUUAUUCCUUCCCCCUAAUUGAUUACAUCUGUAAACCUAUUUUCUUUAAGUAUAUGUUUGUUUUCAUGGUGCAGUUUUUGCCUGGAAAUGUACUUAAUAGCUAUGGUUUCCAGAAAUAUUUAACCUAAGAAAAUGUGUCACAGCGUGAUUACACUCAGCAGUCUCUAUUCGACUUGAAACAAACUGGCUGCACCGGUGAGAUAUUCAAUCUCAUAGUGAGGGUGAAUAUGAGUUUUAUUUUACAUUUACCUAAUUUACAACUGUGAAUCAAUUGAGACUUUUUCUUUUACAAGUGUAAAAAUUAUCCUUAUUACAUCCACUGUGAUACAAACUUGUAAAUAAAUAAAACGUGAAAAGAUCCAAAGGAGGUGAAUAUGUGUUAAAAGUCACUGUAUAUUCUUGUAAGGGAGGGUGGGGGGCUUAUUUGUAACCAAAGAUGUGGUUCCAGUUUGCAACAUGUAGGUGGUUUUGUCCUGAGAUCUAUUUAGUCCAUUUAAUAUCAAGAUUGUUGAACCUUGAAGUGCAGAUUAUCGUUGUCAGAGGUUAAGCAUGUUUCUGUUCCAGCCUUGGGAACUUAUCUUACAGUAAACCUCAGAGUACAAUAUUUUUAAAUUGAGACUGUAAAACGUAUUUUAUUUGGGUCGAUAUUGUGUCAAGGCACUAUUUUGUGACCUAAUUAUAAGCCCUUUUAAACCCUGAACCUCCCUCUCUCUUGAUUGAUUUAUGUGUAUCGUUUUACUAUUUAAUAACACCCUCUUCUCUGACAAAGGGGAGAUUGCUAAAAUCAGUUCAAACUCUCCAACAUUUGGAGAAAAGUCCAGAUUGCUGAUCACUUAACUGCAACAAAACAUAUCCUAGAUGUUUCUUAUGAAUACCAAUCGCCUCUCUGUUUGAUAUUUCUACGCUUGAUGUGUACUGUGGCAAAACACAUUAACUAAAAAAAAAAGGAAAAAAAAUGUCUUAUAUAAUCUUUGUGAUCAUAGAGGUUUAUAUUUUCAUACAAAUAUUUGGUUUGUAUAGUGGCCAUGAAACAGUUUUGUGGGAAAUGUAUUAUCCAAAUCUCCACAGAAAACCCCCCGCAGUCAUACCGGCCCCUUCGAGGUCCACGCUGAUAUUUGAAGCAGAUAUUUCCUGACAUUUGCUGAACGGUCCAGGGAUCCAGUGUGUGAGUUCAGUAUAGUUCUCCUAGGUUGGUAGUGACGUCUAUUUUGUAACGUUAAAUUCGAAUAAAAUGGUUUUGUCCAUCAUAUCACAUGUUUAUAUGAUGUGUCAUAGCCAUAUAUUUCUAUGAUGCUGUCAUAUACCAUAUUAUAGUGUAAUAGUGUCAUUUAAUAGGUACAUUGUAUUGCUAUUUAUGAAAUAAAGUUUGGGUUUGGGUGCACAGCAUCCUUGUACAUGGAACUACA